UAGAAGAUGGUGGACCGGGUGCAGCAUGUUUUCUGUUAGCUUCGUCUGCAUACUUUACCUUCCAACUCAAUUCUAUGUGAUCGUAUGAAUCUCUAAUACACCAUACUGACGCUUUAUCCAUAAAGUGCUCCGGAAACUGCAGCAUGAAGACGAAGAAGAAGCUCUCUUCAGCCCGCAGUAGCUCGGAGAUUGAAGACCACGAUGAUGCUAAGAUGGAGGUCUCUACCGAGAGCUCCAAAAGAAAAGAGCCUUUCUCAGCAGCGAAGAAUCCACCAGCAACUAAAAAGAAGGACACUGACUCAGAGGAAGAUGUCCAGCAGCUGUUAGUGAGUAAAGAAGAGCUUCCACCUGAGCAGCAGGAGUGGAGCCACAUUCUGGACCAGGAGGACACUAAGCCCCAACACAUUAAAGAAGAACAUGAGGAACUGUGGAUCAGUCAGGAGGAAGAACAGCUUCAAGGACUGGAGGAGGCUGAUACCACCAGGUUCCCCUUCACUCCUGUCUCUGUGAAGAGUGAAGAUGAUGAAGAGAAACCUCAGUCCUCACUGCUUCAUCAGAGACAAACUGAACAGAUGGAAACAGGAGUUGAUGGAGAGGACUGUGGAGGAGCAGAACCAGAGAGGUACUCAGAUCCAGAGAGACGUUUACAACCAGAGAUUGAGGUCAAGAUUGAAGACUCUGAUGAAGCUGAGACUGAUGACAGUGAUGAUUGGCAAGAGACAAGAGAAGAUUUGUCAGAAUUAAACUUGAAAAAUAAGAAACUAAAGAAUAGUAAGAGACCACAUAGGUGCUCGGAGUGCGGUAAAAGAUUUAACCGAAAAGAGCAUCUGACCAGUCACAUGAUGAUUCACACUGGAGAGAAACCCUUCAGCUGCUCUGAGUGUGAGAAAAGAUUUACCCAAAAAGGGUCUUUGACCAGACAUAUGUUAGUUCACACAGGAGAGAAACCCUACACCUGCUCUGAGUGUGGUAAGAGUGUAUCCCAAAGUGGAGGUCUGGCCACACACAUGUUAGUUCACACUAGAGAGAGACCAUUCAGUUGCUCUCAAUGUGGAAAACGAUUUAGAGAAAAGGGGACUCUGAAGAGACACAUUAAAGUUCACACUGGGGAGAAAGCCUUCAGUUGCUCUGUUUGCAGUAAAAGUUUUACCCUAAGAAGAAGUCUGACCACACACAUGUUAGUUCAUGCAGAAGAGAAACCAUUUAGCUGCUCUGUUUGCAGUAAAAGUUUUACCCUAAGAAGAAGUCUGACCACACACAUGUUAGUUCACACAAGACAGAAACCCUUCAGUUGCUCUAUUUGCAGUAAAGCAUUUCAUCAAAAAGCAGCCCUAACCCAACACAUGUUAGUUCACACAGGAGAGAAAGCCUUCAGCUGCUCUGGGUGUGGUAAAAGGUUUAGUUCUAAGGGAGAACUGACCAAACACAUGAUGAUUCACUCUGGAGAGAAACCCUUCAGCUGCUCUGUUUGCAGUAAAAGUUUUACCCGAAGAGAUAGUCUAGUCACACACAUGUUAGUUCACACUGGAGAGAAACCCUUCAGUUGCUCUAUUUGCAGGAAAGGUUGUACCCAGAGAGGAAGUCUGACUAGACACAUGUUAGUUCAUACAGGAGAGAAAGCUUUCAGCUGCUCUGAGUGUGGUAAAAGGUUUAGUUCUAAGGGGGAAGUCACAAAACACAUGAUGAUUCACUCUGGAGAGAAACCCUUCAGCUGCUCUGUUUGCAGUAAAAGUUUUACCCGAAGAGAUAGUCUGACCAGACACGUUAGUUCACACAGGAGAGAAAGCCUUCAGCUGCUCUGGGUGCGGUAAAAGGUUUAGUUCUAAGGGAGAAAAAAAGUGAUGAUUCACAUUGGAGAGAAACCCUGUUUGCAGUAAAAGUUUUACCUGACGAGAUAUUCUGGCCACACGUUAGAUCCCACAUGAGACAGCCUUCAGCUGCUCUGAAUGUGGAAAACGGUUUAGAAAAAAAUGGGACUCUUAAGAUACACAAUAAAGUUCACACUGGGGAGAAAGCAAUCUGCUCCUCUCAACGUGAAAAAAGAUUUACCCAUAAGUCUAGUUUGACAUAUCACAUGGCAAUUCACAGAGAGAAACCCUUCAGCUGCUCUGAGUGUGGCAAAAGGUUUUGUUCUAAGGGAAAUCUGACCUGGCACACGUUAGUUCACACAGGAGAGAAACCCUUCAGCUGCUAUUUUUGCAGAAAUGUUUUUACCUGAAGAGGAACUGUGGCCACACACGUUAGUUCACACUUAUCUCCCCUCUAAAUUAGGCAAAAGAACACAAAACACACUUUGUAAUAACCGUCAGCAAAUAGCUCAAUGCUAUAUACUAGGACUCCUGCUCAUAAAUUCAACAUAUGACCACUUACGCUGCACUGCUGGUCAGUCUUUCUCCCAGCGUGGCAGCUAACACACAAACACGACACGUUUUCCUCAAUCUACAAAAAUCGUCAUAAAUACACAAUCGUUUUUCUUCAGCCUUACUCUGUAAACUUAAAUAUAAAUAUUUAUGUUAUCUUUAUCUCUUAUUUUGAAGGUUAAUACUUCUAUAACAAGAAUAAAGAGAUGAACUGAAAGAGGACAGCCUUGUUUAAUCCAUUCAUCUCUAAACCUUUGAUGAUAUCUCGUAUUUUGAAGGUUAAUGCUUCUAUAAUAAGAAUAAAGAGAUGAGCUGAAAGAGGACAGCCCUACCUGACACCUCCAGAAAGUUUCAUCGGGUCAGAAAUGUGCCCGUUGUUUAUAAUUCUACUGAAGGGAUUUUGAUAUAGUGCGUGUACCCAUUUAAUAAAACUAUCACCAACAUGAAAGUAUUGUAAACACUGAUAUAAAAACUCCCACUUAACCGUAUCAAAGGCUUUUUCAAAGUCAGCUAUAAACACCAAGCCAGACGAAUGAUUCUUAUCAUAAUAUUCCAUUAUUUCAAGAAGACGCUGAAGAUAUCAUCUCCUAUGAAUCAACCUUCCAGAAAACCAGUUUGAUCAAAAUGUAUUCAUCGUUGAAUCACCUGCUUUAUUCUAAGAGCAACACAUUGAACUAAAAUAUGAGCAUCACAGCACAAAGGUGUCUGGGGUCUCUAGUACCACAGGUUGAUUACGCUCACACACAACUUGUAAACGCCUUGAUUAAACAAGUUGAUAACGGACACGUUACACAAGAUUGAAUCAUCAGUGAAGAGCUUACUAUAUGUAAUGUUUCACCAUACCGCGUUCAUAUUUUUUGUUUGUUUGUGAGAACCCAUCACACCAAUUAAGACAGACAACCAUACAUGUUUCAUAUAACACUAGGAACAUCCAAUUAGAUAUAUAUAUGACACGACUCUCUUUCCAACACCUGCUAACGAGGCUGCUCGAUCAACUUCACUUGGAUUGGCCUGAUUAAUUCUCUUUGGCAAAUUAACUUGCCAAGCAGGGGAUAUGUAGCCGUCAGCAGCCACGUUUUACAACCUCUCUUAAUGCAGGACUCAGGACUGUGGAUUAUCAUCUGGGUUACUUUUUUACCAAGAAACAAAGAAACUGAUCAAUGAUUUAAGUCUCCCUCUCAGACAGGCUCUGGAAGACAGGAUAUUAUGAACUUUUACAACACCUGGAAUAAACAAUCUAGCGGAAACAGAACACUCUGCUAUCUACGAAUUGACCCCAAAGACAUGAACUAUGACUGAAACCAGUCUCUGCAAAGUCGUAAAAUUGACCAUCUGUUGAAGGACUGCUGAAGAGCUGAAUUAAACCACAGCUUUCAAUUCUGCAUCAAAUGAACAUUUAUGUCUUUCUUCAUCUAGAUAUUUGUAAUUGUCACAUUGAAUGUAUUAUAAUCAUCUUUUUAAACUCAAAAUCUGAUCUUCAGAACAGGAAUAAGAGUUAUAAUAGUUUUAGGAAUUUGACGUGGUGCGCUAUUGCCAUCUAGUGUUAGAAUAUCCAUGAAUACAUAACCUUCAUAAUUAUACAUUUAGACGUGUUAUAAAGCAUACUCUUUGAUAUUAGCUAUAGAAGGUGUUAUUUAAAGACACCAAUUUAUUUUCCUACUUUAUUAAUAUGUCUUAUUAAGAAUGUUGACUGUAUAACAUGUUUUUGUUCACCUACAGGCUGGGAUUAACUGAGGAUGUUCCCAGAUGGUGUGAUUUUUCAUCUCAACAUGAAUCUGAUAGAAAUGUUUGUCUAAAUAUAUGACGUGAACCUACAUCAACGUGGAUCUGAUAGAAAUAAUAUCGAAAUGAAUGUAUGGUGACGUAUAUAUGUUUAGAUUCUUAUUCUUAAUCUUAUUGAGUAAAC